UCAAAGCUUCUUCUGUUUUGGUCACACUCUUCAAUUUAAUGGUGUAGACUGAGAAUGUUGGAGGUUGAGGGUUAGGGCUUCCUGAAAACAUGACUUCAGUUCCAAUUGUUGCUUCGAGUAGAGUCAUGGCUGCCACAAGUUCCUUCUCUCUUCUGCGGAAUUCUCUGACACUACGAGCUUUCCAGAAUGCUAAAACCUCCUUUGUGUUCUCCAGCAAUCUCGCCCGCCAAACUUAUGCUGUUCUUCCUCUUCUUCCCCGGAGAUCCUUGUGCCAUAUAAGAGCUACUAAUGACGAAGAGGCUUCAGCCAGAGCAGCUGCAGCCAGUGCUGACAGUGGAGCUCCAACCAUAUUUGACAAGAUCAUAGCCAAGGAGAUCCCUUCAACCAUUGUUUACGAGGAUGAGAAAGUCUUAGCAUUUAAGGAUAUCAACCCCCAAGCUCCUGUUCAUGUUUUAGUUAUUCCAAAGUGCAGAGAUGGAUUGACACAGCUCAGCAAGGCUGAACCACGUCAUAGUGAAAUAUUGGGUAAUCUCCUCUCUGCUGCAAAAAUAGUAGCAGAGAAGGAAGACAUCCUUGAUGGAUUUCGUGUUGUCAUCAACGAUGGUCCCGGUGCCUGUCAAUCUGUUUAUCAUCUCCACUUGCAUGUAUUAGGAGGGAGACAAAUGAAAUGGCCACCCGGUUGAAGAGCUAAGGAUGCCCAAAGAUUGUUUUUUUUUUUUUUCAUUCCCUACCCUUUUGCCAUUCUUUUUCUCUGAUAAUCAGGUAUCCUGAGUGAAUCGAGGACCUUGGAUCCAGUACUCAGGAAAAUGAACUGUUACCAAAUUGCUCCA